AUGUACGGCACCUACAGCCAACAAUUGACGAACAACCCCUUCAUUAACGCCUCAGAUCCAACGCAUCCUAGUUCCCGGUUCCCCGACAUCUCGUCUCCGGUGGAUCCCAACUCGCAGUACACAUCAUGGGAUGACAGUUCAGUCCUGCAGCAGCAGCAACCUGCCCACUAUCAACCCCAGCAGCAGCCUCAGUAUGCCGCUGGUGGCUAUUUUAGCCCUCCGUUGACUCCUGGUUCCCAAUAUCCCGUGGGUGGCACUGCAUUCCAACCUACUAGUUCCUUCGGCCAACAGCUUGGGGCACAUAUUAGUGGGACCAGUUACGGAUACCUGAACGGCCAGCAGCAACAACAACAGCAGCAACCUCAGAGUGGAUAUUACCCCGCUCCACAGCAGCAACUCCAACCUAACAAUCAAGGAUACCUUGCACAAUUCGAUCCAUAUGGGCCUCUCGCCCAGGGUUGGGAGGGGGCUUCUCAAUCUCAAACCCAACAGCCGAGCGGAAGCCACAUCUCCACGCCGUUGGCUGGAGGAGGAGGCGGUCUGUCGGCGUCCGGGGACCCGCAUCCGCGGGACUACAUCCGAACACACAAGGCAGAAAUCGAGUCCUGGGAUUCAUACGCAUGGAAGCAGUUGAUUAACACCUUUGAGGCGCUCAAGAAAGCCUGGGAAUCCCGAAAGAUGGAACUUGCGGGCAGGGUAGAACAACUGAAGAUGCAGAUGCAAUACGGGGGCUAUUAUCAGGCCCAGAUCCAGCAGGAGGGGUCGAGAUUAUAUGGGCUGCUGAAAGAUGCAGAAUCACAUUUUGGUGGGUGUUCAGAAAUCUCGUUCGAGCCAUUGCUCAUCUCCUCUUUCAAAGACUCCGUCGCCGCCUCGACUUUCCAAAUGGAAGAGGUCUUCAAAGGAUAUCGACAAUCCGGUGAUCUCUCAAGCAAACGACGCGUUCGCGAGGCAACGAAUGCUGCACUGCAAAGUUUACCAGAAUGGCCUCAGCCAUACCAGUGA